AUGUACUAUUUGACUAGAGAGUACAAGUAUUUACACACGAUUGGGCUUAUAUUUAUGACAACGAUCUACUUUGGAAUGGCAAUGUCUGGAAGCGUAUCUAUAGGGGGCUCUGAGAACGAAGCUGGUGCAAGCUCUGAAAGUGGAGCCCGAGAUAUUUCUUCAACCUGCGAUACGCCCUGGGUUCAAAUAGAAGACCGGUGUGUUUGGUUAUCGAAUUCUGAAGCCAAGUUCGCCUCAGCUGACCAGCAAUGCCAAUCGCUUAAUGGGCAUUUAGUUAUGGAUUCUCCAGCGAAUUUUCAUCAAAAUUUAACAAAAUAUUUAAGCAUAGCCGCAACAUUUUAUACUGUCCCAAUCUGGAUAGGGUUGACCGAUACUAGAGGAAUUAAUAAUUUACUUGAUUAUAGAUGGAAAGUACCUCCGUAUCAUUAUAUUUCGUACAAUAACAACUACUGGGCAUCAGGUCAACCAGACACUUUAAACGAUCGUUGCGUAGCUUUAAAACGUUCUGAUCUGAAUUACUUGUGGUACGACUAUGAUUGCGUUCUAUUCCAUCGAUUUCUCUGCCAAAAAGAAAUAAAUACUUCAUCGAAAUCAUCAUCUGAUAGCUUAUCAGCUGAUUUGGCCUCUAAAGGAAUAUCUGAAAUUACUAUGACAUCUAUUAUUGAUAGUUCUCUUCAAUUAUUGACAGCGCUGCCUAUCCAGCAAUUGAAUCAUUCAAUUAUAUCAUUGUUUGAAAACUUACAUAACACUAUAUCCCAAUCACGAGAAAGUUCUCUUAGCUUAUCAAUUUAUUCCUCUAAGACUAUGUUAAAUGAGCAAUUCCCAUUGCAAACCGUUGCAUUAUUCACUGAUAAUUUUAUGCAAUCAUCAAAGUCAAUUGGAAAUGACAUUUUGGAGGACUUUUUUUAUAGUGAUGAGGAUUCAUUUCCAUCGAGUAAUUUCGAUCUCUUCUCAAAUAGUGCUGAUAUCACAUAUUUCGUGACCAGUGAAGAAACAAUCACAGACUAUACAGUGAAUUCUAAUAAAUCGUCCAAUACAUGGAAAUUUACUUAUAAUCCUUCAUCUCCAACAAGUAAUGAAACAGAACAUAUAAUUACUGCAUCUCCAGUAAAAAAAUCUACGGUUUAUCAUUCCUAUUAUGACCAGAAAACAAACGAACCUACUCCGAAAACACCAACGCCGAAGACCAUAAAAAAUCAAGUCCAUGCAUUGAAUACUUUACUUCAGAAAAAUACAACAAGCAAUAUAUCGUUGAAUUCAGCUGCAUUGAAAAACUAUGCAUCUAAUUUCUUUUUUAUUGCAAAUAAUUAUGACGCUUAUUUGAGCUCAGAACUAGAAAAUGAGAACAUGAUAGAGUCUAUGAUAAAUGCAGCAAAUAUCCUAUUGGAUCCCCUAAAUGCAGAAGAAUGGGAAGCUGAUAGUUAUCAAGAUUCAAGUCAUAUUGUAGAUAUGAUUGGUGGGAUGGAAAAUUUUGCAUUAAAAAUUGGUCAAGCAGGUUUAUCUCAUACCAUUAAUGUCGUCACAAAGAAUAUCGAAUUGGAAAUAAAAGUCCCUAACGAAAAAGAAGUAGUUUACAAUACAAAGUUAAAUCUCGGAUAUCGCAGCUAUGAUUGGAUGCAAGUUGGCGAUCCAACUAACCAACUUCAGCGACAACUUAUACCAAUUGUCAAGGUUUUAUAUAAAGAAAUUGGAUUAACGGAAGAUAUUAAAACUAACGCCGAUAUUUCCGUUAAUACGCAUAUUCUAUCGUGCGCGAUUGCAACAGCUGAAACCAAUUUAUCCAUUGAUUAUCAAUUUUCCUUAGGACAUAAGAUGCCUUAUUUUCGUAGUACUGCCAUUAUAUGCAAACAAUGUUCUGGUAAUAUGAAUCUCGAUGCGCUAAAGCGCUGGUUAAGCAAUGGCUGUCAAGUAAUCCGAUCGCGUUACUCAUAUACCAGCUGCCGAUGUAAUCAUUUGACCCAUUUCGCGAUAAUGAUGCGAGUUACAAAUGCUACGAUAAGUGAUAAGCAUCAACAAAUUUUAAGUAUUUUAACUUACAUUGGAUUUGGUAUAUCAUUGGUAGCAAUGGUGAUUGCAUUUACUUUGUUUACAAUAUUUAGAGCAUUAAGAUCAGAACGAUUUGAAAUACAUAAAAAUCUAAUCGCUGCUUUAGCACUUGCUCAAAUCAUUCAUAUUGCUAGUAUGCAGUCCGAUUACGAUGCCGCAGACAGUAUAAGGUGUAAAAUCUUUGCUAUCAGCUUGCACUAUCUCUAUUUGGCUGCAUUUUCCUGGAUGUUAGUAGAAGGGAUCAAUCUGUACUUUAUGAUUAUUCGUGUUUUUAAUGCUGGAAAGAGUAUGACUGCGAUAUAUUAUGGUAUCGGUUGGGGCUUGCCAUUAAUAGUUGUCGGUGUCUCCGUAGCAGUUAAAUUUCAAGACUAUGGAGUAAACUCGUGUUGGCUGUCUAUUACUAGUGGGCUUAUAUGGGCAUUUAUAGGACCAGCAAUUUUCAUCAUCUCGUUUAAUACCAUUAUAUUACUUAUGGUGGUCAGGAUUGUCUUACAUUCAGCAACAGCUAAAGUAACUGGGAACGCAACAGACGCCGGGUUAACUUGGGUGUUUGGAGUAUUGUCCUUUGAUGAGGAUACCAUUGCUUUUUCCUAUCUCUUUGUAAUUUUUAAUUCUCUUCAGGUUCGAGCUAAAUUGAAGAGCUUUCGGCAAAAAAAUGCAACAAACAGUCAUUUGAAUAGCUCAGUAUGGAAAGCUAACAGCAGAAAGAAACGAAAGACAAACCCUUCAUCUAUUCUAAAAUCAAGCGAUAAUGAUGACAUUCGUAUUGCCAACCAAUCUAGAGCUACCGCCAUAAAAAGCACAAUGUCAACUGACAUAACGGUACAAAAUGCUGUGGCGUUACCUUAUUGUCCAGAAGAAUAUAUUCAAAAAGCAUUAUUUUCUCACGAAGUCGAAAGAAGUUAA